AUGAGUCCACACGAAAGUACAAAGAAAUCGCAAUCUUCUUCCUCGUCAUCAUCAUCAGCUUCAUCGGGGAAGAAGCCAUCUAAAUAUCAUAUCAAGAACAAAAGACAUCAACAACAUCAAUCUGCCCGAAGUAAUAAGCAUUUUAUGAUUACAGGGCAAAUGUCGGGAACCGGCUUUCGUAGAAGAAUUGCUACCGUGAAUGAUGAAGAAGUGGAUCAGGAAGAACUUUUGGCCAUUCAACAAGAGGAGCAAAUGAAAAGAUUGAAAUAUGGAAAGAGACAGCUGUUAGACAACUCAUUCAGAUUCAAAACCGAAGAGGAAGAUGAGGACGAAAAAACUCCACAAGCUGAAGAAAAGAAAAUGAAAGCAAAAUUACAACAUGAAUUGAAUAGAAUGGAAAAGGAAACAAUGAUGAUGAUAUCAAACAGUGUUACUUUGACUCAGACAUUUGGAUCUGCAACGUCAAGAGGCUUACUCGAAUGGGAAGAAACUGAAAAGGAGGAUUAUUCAACAACAUAUGAUACAAUUAUGAGAACCUUGUUUUAUUUGGAUCAAGCAGAGCUAGCCAAGCAAAUUAAAAAUCCACAAAUUUCGUUGGAAGAACGAUUAGAUUUGAUAGAUAUUUGUGGACGAACAGAAAGUACAUUGCCAACAAUGGAGAAUAAUCAUAUUCAUGAAACAUUUGACAAUCAAUCAACGAAAAAGGAUUUUAUACCGAUUGGACAAUUUUUGAGCGGAGCCAUUGAUGUGACAUCAAUGGAGAGAAAUGACCAUGUUCAGUAUACUGACGAUGAUGAAGCCUCUCUCUCAGAUGAUGACGAAACACAAGAAAAAAUACCUUCCUUUGAGAAUGUGGACAAUAUUGAACAUGUGGAAGGAGUCACGAUUGGUUCUUCAGAUGAUGUAAAUGCAUGCAAUAUUAUAGAGAUGAAAGAGCAAACACCAAUAGACAUUUUAGAUGAAAUUGUUCAAGAAUCAGAGAAGCCAAGUGUCACGCAACGGAACAACAUGGUAUUGAAUACAUCCACGCCCACAAUUAGCUCAACCAAAUCUGAACCUGUAAAAAUCAUUGACACAGCUGAUGAUGUACUGGAUGACCUUCUUUCCCUUUCUCAAAAUACUCCAUCCAAUGUAUCUCCUUCAAUUACCAACAUUUUUACACAGAGUAAUAAUACUCGCUCAACAACGGUCAUUAAGACUGUAUCUACUGAAACUCCUAAACCAACAAAUCUACCAGUUACACCACCCAAAGAAGAAACCAAAGAAUUAGAUGAGUGGCUUGAUGAUUUAAUUAAUUGA